CUGAUUGAACAUGUGCGCUGUUACUUACUUGAUCGAGACAUUGAACUCAUUUACUACACGAUACGUAAAUCAAGUGAUGUAUUAACACGUGAUCCCAUGCAAUUAGGUUCUCAACUGAUAUCUUGGUUACGUCCCAUUAGCGAACACGAUGAAAACGAUAAUUCCUUGCUCAGCAUCACAGUACGUUCGGCUACCGCUUGGUGUGAUGGUUAUGCAGUGCCACUAUUAGUACCGCUUACGGGUUGGUUACCAGCGCCUUUACCUUCACAAAUACGUACAAUGACUGUAUCAGGUACUGGACCUAUACGUGAAAUAUGUGUAGCACCUUCUCGACAACAUUUGAUACUGUCCACAAACUCAGGUGAUGUGCAGAAGUGGCAUAUUAUGAGCAACUCUUUGGAAUAUAUUUUUAAAGGGCAUACUGCAGCUGUCACGUGCAUGUACGUCGCACCACAAUCUGAUAUGCUACUGACCAGUUCUGAGGAUGCCACUGUGAUUGUAUGGAACGUGACGACACACGAGCUCAAGACUCACAUCAAAACACAUACGUCUCUUGUCACAAGUGUUACAGUGGGUGUCAAUAACACCUUGGUUAUAAGUGGCGAUGAAGACUCAAAUAUUAUUGUUUCAGAUAUUAACAAUGGAAAAUUGAAGCAGAAAAUCACACAUCACCGAGGUCCGGUCUCGAGUGUGAAGGUUUGUGGUGCGUGUGAUGUGCUUAUUUCAUCAAGUCACGACAAAACAAUUUGUCUAUGGUCCUUGGAAGAUUAUACACUGCUGAAUAGCAUGCAAAUGUGCAGUCCAGUGCUGCGAAUUGAUAUUUCAUGUGACUCGGUGUUUCUUUUGGCGCACUGUGAAGAUAAUGGCUUAUAUUUACGUACUUUAGCCACAGGAAAGGAACUGCAUACACUUAAAGGUCACAAGUCACGCAUACGCACCAUAUCUAUAGCGAAGGACAAUCAACGUGCUGUUGUCGGCUGUGAGGAUACACGUGCACUUAUUUAUGACAUGCAUUCGAGUAAAUUAAUACGUUCUAUGCCACCUAAUCCCGGUCCUGUCACCGCUGUUUAUGCUAUGGAUAACGAUGACUUUCUCAUCACAGUUGGUGGCAAUAAAGUAACAUUUUAUUCUUUCCGUAACGAAGAACUUUACGUUCAUCCCUACUCACACAAUCAGCGUCGGAAGCGUUCACUGAAACGUUCACUGCAAUCUCAGCGUUCACCUUCAACGACUUUACCGCCCAUUACAUGUUUUGACGUAUCACGCGAUUCACAAUUGGUUGCCAUUGCAUCUGGACGUAGUGUGCAUAUCAUGCGAAUUAAUACCCCAGAAUAUCAAACAACCUUUGAUGGUCAUGCUGGCCCAGUGUCGUGUUUAAGUUUCGCCCCAAAUGGGGAGUAUUUGGUAACUGGUUCAGAAGAUCGUACAGUUAACGUUUGGAGUCUCACACUUGGACAAAUUACAAAUACAUUCAAGGGCCACAAUGCACCGGUGCAUUGUGUUGUUGUACUUAUGGACUCAAGACGAGUGAUCUCCUCAGAUCGUGACUCUAAUUUAUAUGUUUGGAUUGCUGAUGCAGGCAAUCUCUUACAAACAAUACAAGGACCCUUUAGAUGGUUAGCUAUUACAAAUAAUAUGAAAUUUGCGGUGUCCACUAAUGGUGAAAAUACACUUAAAAUUUGGUCACUAACACGUGAAGAUGAAAAAUACUCCGUUUCGCAUUCGGAUGAAAUCACUUGUUUCACAAUAACCGCUGAUAGUUUAUACAUUAUAACAGGUUCCCGUGAUAUGUCAUUGAAAGUCUGGCAAGCUACUGGAGGAAAAUUAGCCCAAGUUUUAGUUGGACACACAGAUGCUGUAACUUGCGCGGCUGUUUCUGUAACCAAUAAGACACAAGUCAUUUCUGGUUCAAAGGAUACGAAUUUAAUCAUAUGGGACUUGCACACCGGCGAAGAAAUACAUACUUUAGCUGGUCAUUUGGGACCGGUUAUAGGUGUUAAAGUAUCCGCUGAUGGUUCUACGGCUGUUUCGGGUAGCGACGACAAAACCUUGAUUGUUUGGGAAACCAAACGUGGUCUGGCUUUAACCUCCCUGCAAUUACAUGUUCCUUUCACACAUUUCGACAUUAGUCUGGAGUGUUCACGUAUACUUGUACAGCUGGUGGACAGUUUCAACUUGCCCGUCAUUUGUCUACAUAAUACACCUGCUCAGUAUGUCAAGUUACCCACCUAUUCCGCACCUGCACGUGAUGUUGAAGACUUACGUCCUCAAGGUCCGAAACGUCAAAUGAAACGAUUGUUAAAGAAAGAAGUUUCUUUGGACACAUACACUUGGCAAAAGAAAUAUGGACAUCUUACUUCUUCAGUUAUGAUGGCACAAGUCGAUGAACGACUUAAACGCCGUUUCUCAGUUUCGGCAAGCAUGGAAGAGAUCUCGAAAAUUGCAGAAAUGAAAACAAUUACUUCUCAAACGAAUUUAGGGCCCGAGCAAGCCGCUCUGGCACAAUCACAGCAUUUUGAUCAGUUGGAAGCUUUGUGGAAUAAGCGUUCACCGCCACGCCGAAGACACAAUGCGGGUCUCUCACGUCAAACUUCACUCGUUGAAGACCGCCUCGAGUCAUCCGAUGACGAUGAGUAUCAUGAUGAGCGCACAGAUCAUUUCGCUGCAGGAGGAGGAGGAGGCUACCGCUAGACAGGAGCAAUAAAUAAAUUGUAUUCAGCUGAGUGUGUUGUAACUACAGGCAAAUAAUUUGCUUGUAAAAACUGAACAAAGUUCGGUCUAGUUAAGGAAUCUAGAUUAAGUUUUAAGCUUUACGACAUAAGUUCUUUUUUAAAUGUUUUUAAAAUUUACUCGCAGAUAAAUUCUGUUUUAUUUUUCAUAUAAAUGUUUGUAUAUGGUGUCUAUAAUAUUUUAAGUAAGUUUUAUGAUGAGUAUCAACUUUAUAUUUGGGUGGGAAAAUUUGUGUUAUGCAUUUUUAAACCCCCGGUAAGCAAUACAUUCUAAUUUAAGGUGAACCUGAAACCUUUUAGCACUUAGAUAUUUAAUCAUAAUUGAAAAAAAAAAAAUUAAAAUUAAAUAAAAAUUAAAA